AUGUCCGACUCCCAUCCCCCCACUACUCAAGACCAAACCCCUCUCCUUUCGCAAGAUCAAACCGAAAAUUUCACCAACCUCGAAGAAAACAAGCCCCUCCCGAUAAAAACCCACCACUGCCGCUUCUGCAACCACCUCCUCCUCGCGACAACACGUUCCUUAUCUUUGUUGCCCCGCCGAAAAGAUCCCGCCCGCGACGCCGCGCUAAUCCUCCCACUCCCGAAAUCGACUACCAAUGACGACGAAGAUGAAACGGACCAGAAUCGUGGAACGAAAGGGGUGAAGCAUUACUCCAUCCUGCUUAGUACGAGUAUACCGGACCGCAAGGCGACGCUGGUACGGCGCGAGGAUGGGUUCGAGAAGAGGUUGUUUCUGCGGUGUGGGCGGUGUCGGGUUGUUGUUGGGUAUUUUUUGGACGAUGUGCACUUUCUAGGACAUACAGAUGAUAAGGGAGCUGGUGAAGGGGGAGGGGCGAAGGUAGUGUAUUUACUACCUGGGGGACUGGUGGAAACCGGUGCCAUGGGCGAUGAAGAUAAAGUGAAGGCUAUGGACCAGGAAUGGAGUGGGUGGGAAUGA